AAGGACCCUAGGAAGCAAAUUAUUUCAAUUACUGAGAAAUUCAUCCGAGUCUUCUGAGAUUUAAUGAAAAUGAGGCCAUUUAUGGGUAGCGAGGACACCAAACAUUUUGAAGAUAAAUUGAAAGAGGGUAAGAAACACCCUUUCAUGGUUGAGGCCUACAAAGGAAACCUGACAGACUUCCUCGAUUCGAUAUCAAACAAUGACAGAUAUCUUGAUGUAACCACAUAUUCCGGCCUCACGGUUAUGCAUUUCGUCGCUCUGAACACAGAGCACAACAUUCCCAUGGCCAUCUAUUUAGAAAAUCGACCAUAUUUCAAUGCCUCGCAUCUCUCGAAGAAAGACUGCGACGGAGAAGAGCCGAUCCACUACGCCAUCAGAGUGGGAAACUACGAAUUCGCUCGAUAUGUGAUCAGAAUAAGGUGGCCGAAGCCUACAAACUUGCUGCACUUCUUUGUGAUGCAGGACAACCUGAACUUUGCCAAGUUGGUGCACUCUGAGUCUAACCGCGAAAUAAGAUUCCUCAAUUCUAAAAGGAAAACUCUGCUGCACUACGCGGCACAGUACUCUGGAAGGGAAAUGUGCGAGUGGCUUGUCGAAAAGGGUGCAAGUAUCCAUAUCAGGACGCUCGGGAGAGGAGCUACGGUGGUCCACUUUGCCACGAAGAAUAAAAACAUCAAUCGCAGGCACAGCAUCAUCGCUUUCUUCAAAUCUUUGGAUAAGAACUUGCUCGACGUUGCAGACGCCAAUGGCGAGACGCCACUGCACUGGGCACUCAGACAUGAGUAUCUUCCGAUUGCUGACUCCCUUCUUGAAAUUGGCGGCCAUCAUUGCGCCAAAAACAAAAAAUACAAGGAUCUGUUACUUUUGAGCGAAAGCAAGGACCAAAUAAAACAGGUCGAAUUAGUGCUCCAAAGGCGCAAGGGUUCCAUCAAAAUAGUGUGCAUGAAAGGGCGGACAACCGCGACACACAAGAGACACUUGAAGAACAGGAAGCAGUGGCUCAUCAAGAGAAACGUCAAGCCCUCACAUUUUAGAAAGAUGAUCGGCGCUAACUUUCUUCAAAAACCUCUCAGCUUAUAAGAUGAAAACAUCAGAAACUAUCUCAUUCAACGACGCAUAUUCUGUGACUCCACUAGAUUCUGAGGCAUUUACAA